GAGGCGUUCGUGAGGUUCACUUAUUUUUACUGUUUCUUCCACCCGGUCAGCGGUGGUGACGGUCAUGAGAUUGGCAAUAGAAGGCGGUUUGCUGCUGUCGUGGAGAUGGAAAUAUUUCUAUUGUUGUGCAAUUUCUUUAUAUAUAGCCAAUUGAUGCUUUACUUCGAUGCAGAUGACCGUGACAAAUACGACAAAAGAUUCGCUGCAAACUUCACUGGAUCGAAUCGAUCGUUCAAAAUAGCUUUGGUGUCCGAUAUCCAUGCUGGCGCGAGUGUCUAUAGAGAACAGGUUUCUAAGGUAGCUGAUAAACUUCUUGAUCUACACGUUGAUGCAGUUGCACUAGUAGGAGAUAUGGUUGAUGGCCCAUUAAUGAACAUAGAAGACCUGGAGCCUCGCACUCCUUGGUUGAAUUCUUUUCCCUUUUUCCAUCACUUUUGGAAUCAUGAAUAUUACUACGGAAAUGCCAUGGAGUGGUUCCAUGAAUAUGAUCGUCGUAGAGUUCGUGUGCUUGAUAACAAGUGCGAUAUGUUUCAUGGCAUUUGCUUUGUGGGUGUUAACGAUUUUUCAAGUGGAAAUUCAGGAAUACGUGGUCAUAGCAUGAACCUUACUGAAGCUAUGCAAAACUGUAGCGAGGGCUCGUCACGGAUUGUACUGUCUCACAAUCCAGCAAGUGUGAAAAGCUUUUCUGCCGAAGACUUGGAGAAAGUCGAUGUGGUUUUGUCAGGUCAUACCCAUGCUGGUCAAUACUAUGUUCUCGUGCCGAUAGUGUCAUGGUUACUGCCCUAUUUUCACGGUCUUUACGACAUUGGACACGGAAAACUUUUUGUUUCCGCCGGCACUCUCUACCAGGGAGCACCCAUGAAAAUGUUAUGGAUGUCAGAGAUAUGGGUAGUUCACUUAGUGAAGGACAAAAGUUAA